UGACAGGCCUCCGGUGAGAUCACAUGACCAUAAUAAAAUAUGCAGAAUGGAGAUCUUCAUCGGAUUCUCGUUGUUCGUAUCUGCCAUAGUAUUGCUUGUGUUUAGCGUAGAAUCGAAUUGUUUUCAUCUGGGCAGCAAAUAUUAUAAACUAGAUCCAAUGUGGCCGAUUGACAGCCAAGUAUUCCAGGGAGAAGUCUUUAGCGCUGCAAUUGACGACGUCAAAGGAGAGGUUUAUGUGUCACAGAGAGGUGAUGAUAUACCUCAUGUCCUUGUGUUCGACAUUGGAGCCGGCAAACUCCUUCGGAACUUCACCUACAAGGAUAGCAGUACACUACAGGACAUUCAUGGCAUGAGAUGGCAAUUUAAUGAAACCAAUCAGCAAGGCUAUGUCUGGGUGACGGAUGUAGGCAAUGGGCCUCAUGGGUAUACUGUCAAAAGGCUUUUACCGGACGGAACGCUUGAUCUUACAAUGGGUGUGGCUGGCAAGGCUGGUACCUCUCUGCAUCCUCUCAUGUUUGGAAAUGUUGCUGAUGUUGCAAUCAAUAAAGACGGCAUCCUUUACGUUGCCGAUGGUGAUGGAGGAGUCAACAAUAGAGUUGUUAAAGUGGAAUUGAGGAAUUCCGGCCCGUUAACAAUCUGGAGUGUUGGAAAUAAUGGCACCGCCCCUGGUCAGUUUCGCAUUCCCCACAGUGUAGAGCUGGACGACGGCGGCAGGCUCUGGGUGGCUGAUCGGAUGAACGGGAGGCUGGAGGCCUUCGAUGCCUCAACUGGAACGUUUCUUGGAAAUUGGAGCUCAUGCUUCUAUGAUGGUGAACCCUACUCUGUCAGACUUAGCAAAGACAGAGGCCACUUCAUUGUGACUCAGCUGAAUUCUGACCAGAUUGUGUUGGUCAAGGCCGCCCCGGGUUCUGGCCCAAUAGGGGACACUUGCCAUCGACUGGACACAAUAGCCCUUGGUAAGGACACCAAGCCCCACCUAGUGGCCGUCAGCAAAGCAACAGGGGCAUUCUUUGUUGGCGAGCUCGGGAGUCAGUCAUGCCAAAAAUUUGUGCCAAUUUUGCAAAAUAACCUUUGAUCUUAAGCCCUGUUGUAUGGCAACUUUUAAAAUCCACCGUGUUUUCUAUAGGUGACCUACCUCCCUAAAAUCAACAAUACAUCCUAAGCUUUAUAUAACUUGUCAAAAUUGAUCAACAAUUACCUGCACAAGUACUGGAGUGAAUGUGGGGGCAUUGACGCUCCAUGGUCUAGCGGUUAUGACUCAGGUCUUUCAAUCGGUGGGUUUGAUUCCCAGCCAUGGCAUGUUUUCCUUCAGCAAGAAAUUUACCCACAUUGUGCUGCACUCAACCCUGAUGAGGUGAAUGGGUAAGUACGGUAGGAAGAAAUUCUUCAAAUGCCAGACACCUGUUGGCAGCAUGGCUAUAGCCGGGGUAGUGAUAAUAACAACGUUAUUGUAAUGCUCAGUUGAGUAUCUAUGUAAAAGAGAAACAAGGUUUGAAGUUUGGGGUUCACUCUUCAGACAUGAGAUGGGUACACUGUUCAAUCUCCAUGAAACUUCUAAACUCUCCAGAAAAAAUAUGGUGUAGAAAAAAACCUGUAUCUUGGUUCUUGUUCUGCUUUACAACUUCAAAUUUUGGCAGUAUACAGUACUUUCAAUACUCAAGCUAAUUUAGAAUUUUGGAGACAAAAUUAAUAUUAUUAGUAUUUACAAAGAACCUUCCCUAGGACCUUAUUGUGUGAUUUCAAGUUUGGUGUUCGGUGUUGAUUUGGGAUAUAUAUUAUGUUUGCUCCAUGAUGUUAAAAAAAUUGGAGUCACAUUAAUCCCAAAUUUCUUCCAGUAUUACAUUUCAAAAGCAAGUAAUUUUAUAUAUUUUUAUAUAUAAAAACAAUGACACGUUUUCCUCAUUUUCAAAGAAACUCAUUCAACAGAGUCAUUUCAUUUUGUCAGGGGACGGCAGAAGUGCCCAGGUAUGCUCUUAUGAUACGCUUCAAAUAUUUUUCUUUGUAUAGUACGUGCAAGAAAUUAUUAGUGAGAAUUUCAUUAUGAUGUCAUGACUUGUAUUGCAUGAUGUCAUGGCGAUUGACUGGUGACAUCAUCACGAAUCUUGUUUAAUGAUAUGAUUCAUAAGAUUGUUACUAUAAUAAGUACUAGUAUGAGACUUUUGAUUGUUGAUCUUUUUAACAUGUCCCUUGGAAGCUAUGAAGGUUGGGAUGAAGCGCCCCUAUGUUUUAUUUUUUAUCUAUUUAUUUUUGUUUGCUUUUCACUUUAUAUCUCAACAAAUUCACCUUAAUUUAUUGAUGAAAACUUUAUUUGUUUAUAUUCUUUUAGUUUGCUUAUUAACAAACCAUUACCCCCUCUGGAUCUCAGGUCCCUGUUGUUGUGCCUAUAGGCCAAUACAUGCUCUGUUAAAGAUAUUCAUAUUAUUAUUUUUUUAAUUGUCUAACUCAUUUUUUAAAGUAAUCGUAUUCUAGAUUUCUUAGGCUUUGUGUUUAGACAUUUAUGAGAAAGAUACUUUUUCUUUCCUGAUAAAUGACAGAGUUACAUGAAUAUUUCAGUAAGUUUUCAUAUAAGUUAGUUUGAAAUUUCCAAUAAUUCAUAUCAUUUGUAAAAAAAAAUAUGUAUAUGAUGCCAUGUAUAAUCCUAUGCAAUAUCAAGCCAUCAUAUUUGGAAUUUAAUUUCAAAAGUACUUUUUAAAUUAUGUAAACUAUUGUAAAUGUUAGUAAGGUUGUACAAAAAUUGAGUUUUGGACCCAUGAUGAUUUAUAUGGGUCUGUACCUCUGAAACACAGUUCUAUAAUGCCACAGUGAUGUUGAGUAUAUAUGUAUUAAAAAGAUUGCCUGGGCCCUGUCUUUACAAAGACUUGCGAUUGAUUCGAUCAAUCUCAACUAUAUGGAAAUCCAUCAAUGUUGAUUUUUCUACAGGAAAUUUGCACGAUACCUUCGUUUUGAAAGAGAAUCAAGAGAACGAUGAAUAUGUGAGUAAAUGAUAUCUAGAAAUAAUUUUGAACAAACGUACAUAAUAGAUAUUGGCAAUGCUGACUUUCCAUAGUUUGGUUGAUCAGAUCAAUCGCAAAUCUAUGGAAGACGGGGCCCAGGAGUGACUUAUUUCAAGAGAGAUCUUUAAAUGACAAAUCAAGCAUUUAAGUGACUUUUUACCAUUCUAUUAAUUUAAUACAUGAAUAAAUGUGAUUGUAAUAUUGUUUGUUUGUAAUGAUGACGUGCAAUCAAUCACUUUGUAUUGUACUUAACUGGAAUAAAAGAUAUUAUUUUUAGCCAA